UUAUCAAUCGUUUUUUAAAUGUCGAAGUGCACGUGGUUUUUAUUAUUUAUUAUUUGAAUCGAACAUUUAAACUAAGCCGAUCCUGUCACCUGGCUGUUUCGUCACUUUCGGAUAAUUUAAAAAGGAAAAAAAAAUGACAAUGUACGAGCCAACACUUAAACAUUUAACUUGCUCCGAUUAUGGUAAACCUCCAGAAUUUCAAAACCAAAUUUUACAAAGUUUGGGCAAUCCACAUAUUGACUCAUUUAAUUAUAUGUUAGACGAAGGACUGAACUUGGCUGUUAAUGACUUAUUGCCAGUUGAAUUUAAUACGAAAGGAAGUUAUCGAAUUAAGCUUACAUUAUUGGAAGCUAUUAUACAUCCACCUCAAGUACCAUCAGGAUCAUUAGGUGUUAAAUCGGCAAAUAUAUACCCUCUAGAAUGCCGUCAACGUCAUAGUACUUAUUCUGGAAAAUUAGUAGUGAAACUACGAUGGUCAAUAAAUGGAGAAGAGCAAAUGCUGAUUACCCGUGACAUUGGUCAAGUACCCAUUAUGUUAAAGUCAAAACUAUGUCAUUUAUCCGGUAUGUCUCCAGAACAAUUAAUACAAAAUGGGGAACAUCAAGACGAAUGGGGUGGUUAUUUUGUAGUCAAAGGUAAAGAACGUUUAAUACGUCUAUUGUUAGGAACUAGAAGAAAUUUUCCAACGGCUGUAAAAAGAAAUACUUGGAAAAAUCGAGAUCAGUCAUUUUCUGAUUUAGGAAUUAUGAUCAGAUCCGUUAAAGAUGAUUUAACUACUGUUACUAAUACGUUGCAUUAUUUAACUGAUGGCACAGCUAAAUUAAUGAUUCCAAUUAAAAAGAAAAUAUUUUAUGCACCCGUGUUUUUAAUUUUAAAAUGUCUUACGAACAAUUCAGAUGAAAAUAUUUUUCGCCACAUUAUUAAAGGACACGAAGAUGAUCUCUAUUUUAAAGGGUCUGUAAUGGAAAUGAUGAGGUCUUUGCACGAGAGCAACAUACAUAGCCAAGAAGAUGCAAAAGAAUAUAUAGGUACUAUGUUCCGCCCAAAAUUUUAUGAAUUACCAGAAUGGAAAACCAAUAAAGAAGUGUGUGAUCAUUUGAUGAGGAGUUAUGUUUUAAUACAUUUGCAUACUGAUUAUGAUAAAUUCAAACUAUUGGUUUUUAUGUUACAAAAAUUAUUUUCUAUUGCUCAAAAUAAAUGUUCAUUGGAAGGGGCCGAUGCGGUUAUGAUGCAGGAACUAAUGCUCGGAGGUCAUCUUUAUCUAAAAAUUGUUAAAGAAAAAUUACAGUCUUGGAUGGGAUUAAUCAAAAGUAAUAUGUUGAAGUAUGACCAAGGUGGACCACCAGUUGUUGGUGAUAUAAUGUCUGCGUUGAAACGCUGUGAUUUUAUUGAACAUUCGUUAAAUAAUUUUUUUUCCACGGGCAACCUACAAAGUCCAUCAGGUUUAGGAAUGCAGCAAGAUAAAGGACUGACUAUACUAGUAGAAAAUAUCAGUAGAAUGCGUUAUAUGGCUCAUUUUCGUGCAGUACAUAGAGGUGCUAUAUUUGAAACAAUGCGAACAACUGAACCCCGAAGACUUUUGCCGGAUGCUUGGGGUUUUAUAUGCCCAGUACACACCCCUGAUGGAACUCCAUGUGGGCUACUAAACCAUUUAACUAAAUCUUGCAUGGUAACAAAAUCAGUCAAUAGGAAAUUAUUACGUGAUAUGCCUAAGGUAUUAAUGUCUAUCGGUAUGUGUGAUGCAUCAUAUAAACCUCAAGAUGUUAGUAUUGAGUACAUGUAUACUGUAAUUCUUGAUGGUCGAAUAAUUGGCUACAUACCUGAAAGUUUAAUAAGUUGGUUUGUAAAGAAAUUAAGAAUGCUUAAAGUACAAGGAAAACAGAUACCUAAUACCACUGAGAUUGUGUGGCUACAAAAGAGUGGUAAAAAUCUAUUAGGCCAGUUUCCCGGUUUAUUUUUGUUUACCGGAAAUGCCAGAAUGAUGAGACCAGUUUACAAUUUAGAGCUGGAACAAGUAGAACUCAUAGGUACUUUUGAGCAAGUUUAUCUGGAUAUAAGCAUAUCUAUUGAUGAAAUUAGGCCUAAUAUUACAACUCAUAGAGAAAUAACAAAAACCGAUUUUCUGAGCCACUUGGCAUGUCUUAUUCCUCUACCAGACUAUAACCAAAGUCCACGUAACAUGUAUCAGUGUCAGAUGGGUAAACAAACUAUGGGUACUGCUUGUCACAACUGGCAUCUGCAAUCGGAAACUAAAUUGUACAGAAUACAAACGCCAGCAUCGCCAUUGUUUAGACCUGUACAUUAUGAUGAAUUGUCGAUGGACGACUUUGCAAUGGGCACAAACGCUGUAAUAGCUGUGAUAUCAUAUACUGGUUUCGAUAUGGAAGACGCAAUGAUAAUAAAUAAAAUGGCAUUAGAUCGUGGUUUCGCCCAUGGUUCUAUAUUUAAAACUGAUUUAAUUGAAACGCCGCCCGAUACUUAUUUCAUGCUUGAUCCACACAAGCAAGAGCUUACGGAAUUUUUGGGCGAAGAUGGUCUUCCUCAUGUUGGUUUAAUAUUAAAAAAAGGAACACCAUAUUACAGUUAUUUUAAUGAACAAACACAAGGAUUUAUGGUUGCUAAAUAUACAAGUAACGAAGACGUUAUUGUUGACUCAGUUCGUCUGUGUGGUGAUUUCACAACUGGUCGGAAAAUACCAAAUAAAGCUACAAUUACCAUAAGGGUUCAGAGAAAUCCUUCAGUUGGAGAUAAAUUCGCUAGUCGAGCAGGACAAAAAGGUAUAUUUAGUAAAGGAUGGCCGUCGGAAGAUUUACCAUUUACAGAAAGUGGAAUGGUUCCUGAUAUUGUGUUCAAUCCUCAUGGAUUUCCUUCAAGAAUGACAAUCGCCAUGAUGAUAGAAUGUAUGGCAGGUAAAUCUGCAUCUGUACAUGGCUUGGUACACGACGCCACUGCAUUUAAGUAUAAUGAGGAAAAUACAGCGAUUGAUUACUUUGGACAACUUUUACAAGCCGGUGGUUAUAACUAUUUUGGAACAGAAAAAAUGUAUAGUGGUGUAGACGGCCGAGAAAUGAAAGCUGCCAUAUUCUUUGGAGUUGUUCAUUAUCAAAGGUUAAGACAUAUGGUAUCAGACAAAUGGCAGGUACGUAGCACAGGUCCUGUUGAUGCAGUAACAAAACAACCUGUUAAAGGUCGAAAAAGAGGUGGUGGUGGUAGAGUUGGUGAAAUGGAAAGGGAUGCAUUAAUCUCGCACGGAACACCAUUUUUAUUGCAAGAUCGUUUUAUGGAUUGUUCAGAUAAAUCAACAGCACUGUUGUGCAUGAAGUGUUAUUCAGUUUUGACAUCUAUGAUACACAUCGAAGAGAACUAUACAAGUAAAACGGCCAUGUGUAGAACCUGUGACUCUAACCAAAUUCAAGAAAUUGGCAUUCCAAAUGUGUUCAGAUAUUUAUGCUCUGAACUUGCAGCCAUAAAUAUUAAAUUACAGUUUAAAAUUCAAAUUUGUUGAAUACUUUGCGGAGUCACAAACUAUACUAUUGUGUACAAUAAUUUUAUAACACAAGAUGAAACUGAAGUUGAUGUUGUGGAUUAUGGACAUCAUAGAAGAACAAUAAUUAACCUAAAUUUCGCUUCAUCAUGGGCUAACUCCAUUUUCUUUCAUACAAUACCCCAUUUUUAGAACCUUCUUGUAUGAGUUAAUUUCAGUGUAUAGUUAGAAAUGUCUGGUGAGAAAAACCAAUUUUUAAAUAUAUAAUUAUUUUGAGUUUGAGGGAAGAUUAUUUGUUUUUCAAAAGAAUAAAAAUUGCCAUUUCGCAAAUAAAUUAUAAAAGGGACAUAUAUUUUAUUGUUAACAAAAAUUGAAGGUUAUAAUUGCUUCACAUCUUGGGCAGUUGUUUGCUGAUGCUAUUGUACUGUACAUACUUUUAAUUUUAGCUUGUCCUAUUGAUGCUAAAAUUAUUGUUAUAUAUAUAUAUAUAUAUAUAUAUAUAUA